UGAAUUAAAAAUCUUGGGCUCACCACACUUUGCUGCUUAAUGCCUGUGACCGAAGGAUUUUUUCCUCCCUGAAGCGUGACAGCAUCAUAACCCCUCAUCCCUGGCAAGGAGAGGAAGGAAAAGCAGAAUUGUGGAGAAAAGUGGAAAAGGGUUAUCUUUUGGGACAGCAAAGCCUAUGGGAAGUGCAGGUAGCAGCAUGUUGCCCUGACAGCUGUCUCAGCUCCUCAGACCUUGUCAGUUUGUUGCUAUGCAGCAGGUGCAGCCUUUUCUUUUAUUGAAGCUUUACUCCAUAAAGGCAACGACAAGCCAAGGCAGUGGCUGGCCCUGGAUUAUACAAGUGCAGACACUCCGCUAAGUGAGGGUUUCACCACAGUAAAAUCACUUUUUGGAAUUGAUGAUCUCAGAAGAAAGACAGAGGACUGAGUAAGGUCCCGACCCAGGAGCCAAACCCAUGCAGACAGACCCCUACUCCUGCACAGGCUUCMACUGAAGAAUCACCACCAAGCUGGAACAAACAAGUAAAAACAUUGAUUCAAGUGCCCACAUGAUCACCACUGCCAGGGUACCUGCUGAUAAGCCAGUACGAAUUGCCUUCAGCCUGAAUGAUUCCCCAGAUGAUGCUUCCCCUGAAAACUUCUCUUUGGCAUUUCCAGAACUAGAUCAGCAGCUGCAGCCUCUGCCUCCUUGUCAUGACUCUAAGGAAUCUAUGCAGGUGUAUAAACAGCACUGCAAAAUAGCAGAAGAGUACCAUGAGGUCAAGAAAGAAAUUGCUCUGCUGGAAGAAAGGAAAAAAGAGCUGAUUGCCAGACUGGAACAAGUGGAAAAAGAAAGCAUGGAUGCUGCUCAGCUGGCUAAGGAGUAUGCAGAACUGACAGAGGAGAACCGAACACUGAAGCUGGCCCAGACGCAGUGCGUGGAGCAACUGGAAAAACUCAGGAUACAGUACCAAAAAAGACAGGGUUCCUCAUAACUGCCAACUAGCUCACGUGAGGCAGUUCAUUCACRAUUGAUCCUGUGCUGGAAAGAGAUUUUAAAAUAAAGAUCUGUUUAAUAUGUUGUAACACUUUACUACAGAUACACAGUAUGUAGAAGUCUAUAUUUGAUUUAAUGCUUGCCAGCCAGUAGCUUAAUAUAAUGGAUAUUUCAUCCAUUAUAUAAUGGAUGUUUUAUUUCAAGUAAUGUAAUUGAAAUUAAUCUAUCCCCAUUAUAUGUUCUAGUAGAUCARGUUUCUUUUCUAAACAUAUUUCUUCCAAUUUAGAAGAUAUGGACACACUAGAAAGUUAUAUAAAUAGUCUCUAUGUUGGAAAUUUGGAUCAUACUAAGGCAUACAGCAGGGACAAUAUUAAUAUAUGGAAUAGAUGUAUGUUAAUUUUAGUUUGGUGAAGAUUUUUUAAAUUAUUUUCCUCAUGCCUAAAGUGUUUGGAAGUUAUCUUGAAGCAGAUCUCACUGGUAAAAAUUAUACUUCAUAUCAGUUUCACACUGUUGUGUAUAAUCUGAGAAACUGACAUUAAAAAUUGAAGUAAAAUAAUUUUUUUAUCAAACAAGUGCACUGCCAGUGAUAAUUUGCAAGUUAUGAAAUUAAAAGGAAACAGAUGAGAUCAAACUUUCUUUCCUCAAGUGUAAGGAUUAGUUGAGAGUCUUUUCAUKGUACUUUUUGGCAUGCAAGAAAUGAAAAAUUAAUGUAAGAAUCAUAGUUUCAACUGAGACUGUCAGUAAAAUUGUUGUGAGGAACUUUUGUUCUUACCUUCUGGUCUGUUUUGAAACAUAAGGGACAGGAGUUCCAUGAUACACAAAUAACCGGGAAGUAAAAUGUGAGUUUUAUUUCCUCUAUUUAACCCUGUAUUUUCAUAGCUCAACUGAAAAAUUUUUGUUAUACUUCCAUUUCUAUUCAUAUAGUAGUUUUUUCAUUAAAAAUGGAUGUAGAAAAGCCCUUUUAUGUUCUGAAUGUUCUCAAAUUACAUUGUAUUUUUAGCUCUGYUUGACAGAUGCAGCUUAUUACAUCUUCAUGAGCUUGAAAUUCAACUUGAUGUGUUAGUAGUGAAAUGUGCCUUAGUAAUUGAAAACUAUGAGUUUAAGAUUUCCACCAGAAUUUUAGCUUUGAUUAUUAUCAYUAAUUUAUUAUUAAAAUUGAAUUUCAUGUUAAUCAGAACAAUUCCUGGCAGCAAAGGGGACACAAAAGAGUGACAAGGUGCCUGUUGUUUCUCUGUGCUAAUUGCCUACAGUAUUCCCUGCAGCAUAGGUGUGAAAACUGGCUCUGUGUUACUCCAAGCACCUGGCUCUGAAGCACAAGAGUGUGAAGAGGUAGCAGGAGAGGACAACCUUGUUUCCACUUCUCCUSCUGAGCCACCAGGGCAGGAUCAGCAUCCAAACCUGGCACUGCUUCCUGCCAUACCCGGGAAAUCUCCACUCUGGAGGCAUGUGCUUCCUGCUGGGAUGCUCUGUGAGCAGUGUGGUU